AUGGGGAUCGUGCAGGUUGCAUUUCUCAUCACCCUGCUCAUACUCCAGUUCACGGUCUUCAAGGACGGGAAAAACUCCAACGUUAGGGACAAUGUCUAUGGCGUCAUUGGAGCUAUUACAGCCUUUCUCAUGUACACCUCCACCUUCAACCAAGUUGUGUCUGCGUUCACUACAUAUGAUGUGGCAGGUCUUGAGCUCGCAUGGGGAUUCCUUGCAAAUGCGGCGAUAUGGACAUUGUACUCAAGGCUGAGCCCUAUGGACCUUUUCCUCCUUAUCGCAAAUGCAAUAGGGGUGGCCUCCACAAUCUUCCAGUGUGGAGUUUGGCUCACGUUCCGCAACCGCCAGCCCCAAAGCCCCGCCGCCACGAGACCGUCAGCAUCAGCAUCAAUGCUCUGA